GCAGCGUCCGUCCGAAUGGCCUCGUGGGCGGGGCUUGCGUAGCCUCCCGGACUCUGGCGCGCACCGCCCCCCGCCCCUGGCCCUCGCGCGCCUCCUUGGACAAGCACUUCCUGCGAGGCCUCCGUACGCACCUUGUCCGAGCCGAGCCGAACCGAGCCGAGCCCUGUCCUUCCAAGCCGUUCGCCAUGGUGGAUGAGCUGGUGCUGCUGCUUCAUGCGCUCCUGAUGCGGCACCGCGCCCUGAGCAUCGAGAACAGCCAGCUCAUGGAACAGCUGCGGCUGCUGGUGUGCGAGAGGGCCAGCCUGCUGCGCCAGGUACGUCCGCCAAGCUGCCCGGUGCCCUUCCCCGAAACGUUUAAUGGCGAGAGUUCCCGGCUCCCCGAGUUUAUCGUGCAGACGGCGUCUUACAUGCUCGUGAACGAGAACCGAUUCUGCAACGACGCCAUGAAGGUGGCAUUCCUAAUCAGCCUCCUCACCGGGGAAGCCGAGGAGUGGGUGGUGCCCUACAUCGAGAUGGAUAGUCCCAUCCUAGGUGAUUACCGGGCCUUCCUCGAUGAGAUGAAACAGUGCUUUGGCUGGGAUGACGACGAAGACGACGAUGACGACGAAGAGGAUGAUUACUAGGCCUUAGACCCUCGGGCCUAGGGGGGAGGGCCCUGCACGCCGCCACCCCCUCCCUCCAACCCUCACCCCGCCGGGAGCCACUGUUCUCCGCCUUGCCCUCUGGUCCCCUUCCCUACUCGCGCCCUUCUGUUCUCUCUCUUCGUUUCUCCGUAGUGCUUGUCUUUGUUCCAGGAAUAGUGUUCCAUUUACCUGCUCCUGGGGUUGGGGCUGAAGCGUCACUCACUCGGAAGUGCUUGGAAGUGUCAUCUACCUUGGCCAGCCCCAGGAUCCCUCCCCUGCUAAUCCGAACUGUGUCCUGAGCCCCAGUUAUUGGCCAGGCCCCUGUUAUAAACUGGUCAUACCACCCAUAGCCCUGCUGCUGCCACCUGCCCUACUGCCAGGCUUAUAUCUGCCCAGAGAACUAUGCUGCCACUUCACAUCCACUCACCACAUCCACCUAUAUACUACCGCCUUUCGAAGUAAGGACCAACCUGGAAGAUGCCAGAGUUGGCUAUACCUCUUCGGACAUUGAUUUGGACAGCUCACCAACCCAUGAAGGGGCCAAUCAUUCAGCCUGUUAGUUUUCUACCCACUCCGAGGGUCCUCCCCUGCCCCACCAGAUUGCUGCAGGGGCUUGGUGUGCCUGGCAGCCAAAUUGUUGACAUUUCCUUUUUUCCUAUGCACUGGUUUUACACAACUGUCACUUUACUUUCAAAAUUGCAGCAGUCCCACAGAUGUGUGCAUUUGGACAAAUAAUACUAAAAACAAAACAAGCACUCAGCCCAGCUCCUCAGUACUACCUGGAAAAAGCAUUGGCAUUAUUUUCAAUAAAUAUCAAGCACUACAAAAAAAAAAAAAAA